GUGGUGAGAGAAGGCAGUGGUAGGGUUGUCAGUUUCGAUACAGCGCGGUAUGCGCACGCGCUUAAUUUGUUAAUCAGUUUGUGUAUAGAUAUACCUUUAUUAUUUACGAAAGCAGUGACGAAGGAAGUGCAGCAAUUGGUUUUAUUUCGUUCGUCUGUGGUGUGAAUACUUUUUGGUGAAUUAAACGUAUUUAGUGCUAGUGAAUUAGUGUUGUGACAAUUUUUGUGCAUCGGACUGAAAAUGGGGUCGCGAUGGCCUAUAUUUUGUUUGCCGAUUUUGCUGGCUGCGUCGGUCUGUGGCAGCGACAUUCUUAUGGUAACAAUGGGCGGUACAAAGUCUCACAAAAUACCUUUUUGGGAGCUUGCCAGAGGGCUAAUUAGAAGAGGCCACAACAUAACGUUAAUCAGUGCGUUUCCACCGGACUUCCACCUCGAGGGUUUAGAGGAGAUCGCUCCAGCUGGCUUGGUGUCCUUCAUCAGGGGAUACAUGGCGUUGGACCUGGUGGGAGCCAAGAUGAGGGGGGAGGAACCGCUUCCGUAUAAGGAUAUCAUACGGUUUGGUUAUGAGGCUUGCGACGCUUUCCUAAAUGAUUACCAAACAAAAUCACUCCUCAAAUCAGGGAGGAAGUACGAUCUCAUUAUACUCGACGGAGCGUACCCCGAAUGCGCUUUAGGCCUAGUGUACAAGCAGAAAGUCCCUUUCAUGUACAUAAACACUGUUGGCUUCUACUCUGGACCAACCAGCAUUUCUGGCAGUCCAGCACCAUUUUCUGUCACACCAAUCUUCGCAAAAUCCUUCACAGACAAUAUGAACUUUAUUGACCGGACAUUAAAUGCAUUUUGGCAUAUCGGUGCCUAUGCUGGACACGCUGUAAGCGUAACGAUCCUGCAAGGCGUUUUAAGAAAACAUUUUGGCCAGCAAAUGCCUCAUGUUUACGAUAUGGGGAAAAAUGUCAGCUUCAUUCUGCAGAACGGACAUUACUCUGUGUCCUAUCCAAGGCCAUAUUUGCCCAAUGUGGCCGAAGUCGCUUGUAUACAUUGCAGGGAGCCAAAGAAAUUGAAUGCGGAUUUAGAAGACUGGAUCACCGGAGCAGGUGAAGCAGGUUUCGUCUACGUGUCCAUGGGUUCGUCAGUUCGUACGGACAAUAUGCCGCUUACAGCACAUAGACUGAUCGUUCAGGCUCUUGGAAGACUUCCUCAAAGGGUGCUGUGGAAACAGGAUGCGGAACAGAAUUUGACUGAUAUACCGUCUAAUGUGCGGCUUUAUAAGUGGCUGCCUCAGCAGGAUUUGCUUGGUCAUCCAAAAAUAAAGGCAUUCGUGACACACGGUGGACUACUAAGCAUGUUCGAGACAGUGUAUCACGGAGUGCCCAUAGUGAGCAUGCCAGUCUUCUGCGACCACGAUUCCAACGCAGCCAAAGCAGAAGUCGACGGCUACGCUAAAAAACUAGACCUUCAAUAUCUAACAGCUGAUAAACUGUACGAAGCCAUCAAAGAAGUGAUCAACGAACCAAGAUAUAGAACGCAAGUUAAAAAGCGACAGAUAUUGCUCAGGGACCAAAAGGAAUCGCCGCUGGAGAGAGCCAUUUAUUGGACUGAAUACGUAAUAAGGCACAAGGGCGCAUAUCAUCUGCUGUCGCCCGCGAAAGAUCUGAACAUUUUCCAAUAUUACAUGAUCGAUGUUGCUUUAGCAUUUUUUGUUUUAUUCAUCUGUGUGUCGGUGCUUGUAGUGUAUGUAUUACGGUCGGGUUUCAAAAAAUUGGUCGACUACGUGCAGAGCAAGCGUAUGGAUCAGUUGAUUGACAAAUCGAGCGAUUUAGUGAAACGGUCCAAGAAGUUAAUAGACCACUCGAUAACGAAGAAAAAUUUGUGAUUCACGGUCAAUUAAUUAAUUUUAGUUACCACAAAGCUGCGUCCACAUUAGUUACUGUAUUUUCAAAGUCGAAAAUCACUUUUAAUUUUAUAACUAGACUCUCUAAAUGAUGAUGAUCUUGAAAGCUAUAAAUUUCACCAUUUUUAUCUAAACAAAAGGCAAACUCAUGAAUUUUAAGAUUCUGAACAUACUGUAUGAAAAGCUCUCGUUGUGGAACGUAGGCCAGUUUUCAAUAAUGUUAUUUCAUUUUUUGAUUUUCUUAUAGACAGUUUGAUUUGAAUCGUUUCACUAUAAUGAUGUACAAAUAUAUAUUCUGUAUUGCUACUUACUCUAACAUAUAUAAGGACUAAAUAAAAAAAAUAUUUAUUUUAGGGCUGAUUUUUCAAUCCUCAGUUAAAACUUAUCCGUCCAAUAAAGUGUUACACGAUAAUAUUAAAAUGUCAGCUGUAAACUGUCAAAUGCAAGUAAUUAGAAUACAUUUUUGAAAUGGUAGUUUAAUACGUUAUUCAACGAUUAAGUUUUAACCAAGGAUUGAAAAAUCAUCCCUAAGUAUUAUAUUCUCUGUGGACACUGGCUUUUUGAGAUUGUUAAGUACAAUAAAAUGUGAUAUGUAAGUUUUUAGUGUUACGCCUGACAUGUAAAUAUAUUUAAAUUAAGAUAAAUAAAAUUUGAGAAGAA